AAGUAGAAAUAGCUGCAGGUAUGACUGUCUGAAAUGCUAAGUAUGUUGCCUUUAGUUGUAUAAAAACAGUUGUAUCAUUCCUUUCAAAGCCAAAGCUUCUCAUGCACAGUUAAACCAAGACAAGAAGAGGAGACGUGUGAGAAGUGUGGCGCAAGGUUUCAUCAAAGACGCACCAUGAGGGUGAAAGGAUAUGUUUUUCUUAUCUGGAGCAUGGCCAUUACAGAAGCAUUUUACUUAAACACAACUGGACCAGAAAUAGUGGAUAUUGGUGAAGAAAAGGACAUUCCUGAAAUAAACAAGGGAUUUUUACACGAUGAUAUUUUGGAGCCUACAAACCUGCAGAGGAGUACCAUCACUGAUGAAAACAAGCUGUGGACAUCUAGAGUCCCCUAUGUCUUGAAUAACGACCUUGAAAUUAAUUCUAAAGGAGUCAUUCUGAGGGCCCUUGAUCAGUUCAGGUUGAAAUCAUGCAUUGAUUUUAAACCAAGGGACUCUGAGGACUAUUACAUUUCUGUCAAACAGUUAAAUGGAUGUUGGUCAUACAUCGGGCGGGUAUUUUCCAAUGGACAGGAACUCUCCAUUGGAAUAGGCUGUGGUUACAUUGCCAUUGUUGAACAUGAGUUCCUUCAUGCUCUUGGCUUCUACCAUGAACAGUCCAGAUAUGACAGAGAUGAUUAUGUGACGAUUCAAUUUGAAAACAUCCUAGAAGAUUACAAGAGCAACUUUAGAAUAGUUGGCAGUGAUGAGAGCACCACCCACGGAGUCCCAUAUGACUACUUGUCAGUGAUGCACUAUGGCAAAGAUGAUUUCACCAAUGGCAAAGGUUCUACAAUUAUCACCAAAGACUCAAAAUUCCAAAAUCUGAUUGGUCAACGAGUGGAAAUGAGCGCUAAUGAUGUUCAGGAGCUGAAUCUACUCUACAAAUGCAGCUCAUCUAUUGCCUUUAGGAUGUACUGUGGCUUUACUGAUGGGACCAUGUGUCAAAUGAGUAACUGUUCACAGAGCAGCAAUAGGUGGGAAAUGGUAAAAGAUGUUUAUGGGGGUCCCAACUCUGACCACACCAAUCUGCCCAGUGGAAAUGGCAAUCAAGGUCAGGAUGCAGGUUACUUCAUGCAUGCUAGCACAAGAUCAGGUCAGGAGGGUGACUCCGCCUGGCUGGAGACAAAGAGGAUGAGUCUUCAGAGGGAUUGUCAUGUCCAGUGUCUGCAGUUCUAUUAUUACCACAAUGGAAGUGAGUCAGACGAACUUAACAUCUGGAUCAGAGAAUUUCAAGAUAACUUGGACGCCACAGGAACUCUCUACCUCAUGGGACAGAUCACAGGUAAACCAACAUCUCACUGGACACUCCACCAUGUUCCUCUAAAUGCCACCAAGCAGUUCCAGGUGGAGUUUGAGGUUCGUAAAGGAGCAGGAAACUCUACAGGCGGAUUCUCUAUUGAUGACAUCAAUCUGUCAGAGCUUGAGUGUCCAGAUGGAACCUGGCAGAUUAAUGAUUUUGAGAGACUUCUGAACACUACUGAUACUCCAGCCCUGAUAUAUAGCCCAAGGCAGUACUCCAGUGAGGGCUAUGCUUACCGGGUAGCACUAAAGCUCUACCAGAGUUAUUUUGGAGUAUUUGUGCAACUUGUCUCUGGUGUCUAUGAUGACCAACUGCAAUGGCCUUGCCAACAAAGGCAAUUUACUGUCCAAAUGGUGGAUCAGAACCCCAACAUCCAGCUACAGAUGUCAAAACAAAUGAGUAUCACCACUGACCCAAAUCUGCUCACCUCCAGUGGUGUAUCCACUUGGGGCAAACCUCGUGAGGUUGGAAGUCCAAUUGUUGAUGAGAAUAAUGAGACCAUCUAUGUUAAUACCCUUUCUGGUAGAAAUAAUUUUGCAUCUCUGGAAGACAUCAAAUCCAGAGAUUACCUCAAGGGAGGGAGUGCUAUUUUCAUCUUCAGCUUACAAGAUCUCACUUCUCUAAUUAAUGGAAGUACACUGCCAUGUCCUAAAAUGAGACCAGUGAAUAUUUCACAUCCACCUGGAGUCCAGGAUAAAGGACCCUGCUCACCAUGGAUCUUACAAACCACAUUUCCAACUCCAAACACAACAAAUGACAGUUUUGCCUUCUCUCCUGGUAUGAUGGCUUCUACUGUCCUCACCCUCUUACCAGCGCUCAUGCUUCUGGUGCCUUGAUGUGAAUCUCAUCCAUAUCUGACCUCUUUAGACGGACAUCACCAACGAUUCUGCAAGAUUCGUUUUAGAUAUUUUGUGUUGCUUUACUAUUUUACUAUGAUUUAUUAUGUUUCUAAUAUAAUUAUCUUUUUUUGUGGUGGAACUGUCUUUUAAUUUUUGUUGGUUUUGUAAUAUAUGUUUUAAACUCCAUUUAACCGUUAUAAAUUUAUACUCAUAUGACAGUUUUGUUAACUGCAAUUUUGAAGCAACAAGUUUGAAGCUAUUGCGAUAUAUAUUAAAAAAAAAAACAUUGUGCUUUCUUGGGUAUUGGUAUAUUGAUGUGUCAAAAAAAUAAAAUUUAUAACCUUUAAAACAAAAA